UGGGAGCCAGUUCUGGAAUCCACUCCAUGGAAGGGGCGGUUCCCAUUGUAGUCCAGCCCCUUCCUGGUCCAGGGCUUCAAAUACCUGUAGGUGCUUUGGAAUCAGAGUUACCUUAGGUCCAAGACUGCAGUUCAUCUUGGGCCACAGAGGCCCUCAGUCUGGACUGAAUCUCACUGACUCAGGACACUACCUUAUUUACAGCCCAGGUAAGUCUGAGGGCUGGGCUGGAGGCUGGGUGGGGACAGAAUCCUUCCAUCCUUGCAAUGAGAGAUCAUCAUGCUCUCUCCCCCACAUACACAUACUCUGAAGAAACAUGGAGAAUGUAGGAAUGCAGGUCAAUAUGGAUACCAGACCUAGUUGGUUACAGAGAAGCUCUGAUCUGGUGUUACUCUGGGACAUUCCUGUCCCCAGGCUUUCUGCUUUGCCAUGGGUUGGCCCUGGGCCUUGCUGACAGCACUUUGGGCACUGGGGGCCAUGGGGGCCAUGGGGGCCACAGCACUGCGCAUUGGAGCCUUCAACAUCCAGAGCUUUGGUGACAACAAAGUGUCAGACGCAGACUGCGGCAGUGUCAUAGCACAGAUCCUGGCUGGUUAUGACAUCGCCCUGGUGCAGGAGGUACGAGACCCAGACCUGAGUGCGGUGUCCUUGCUCAUGGAGCAAAUUAACAGAAUAUCCAAGCAUGAAUACAGUUUUGUGAGCAGCAAGCCACUCGGACGCGACCAAUACAAGGAAAUGUAUCUGUUUGUCUACAGGAAAGACGAAGUGUCAGUUGUGAGCACAUACCAGUAUCCAGACCCAGAGGAUGCCUUCAGUCGGGAGCCUUUUGUGGUCAAAUUUUCAGCUCCUAGCUCUGGUGAGGUUGAUAUUGUCCUUUCCCAGACCUCCCUCUGCCAGGCCCUCCCCUCCUUGACUCUCAUACUCUGACCUUCCACAGCCGCCAAGGAGCUAGUGUUGAUCCCCCUGCAUGCAGCACCACACCAGGCGGUGGCAGAGAUCGAUGCCCUCUACGAUGUGUACCUUGAUGUGAUUGACAAGUGGAACACCGAUGACAUGCUGUUUCUGGGUGACUUUAAUGCCGAUUGCAAGUACGUAAAGGCACAAGACUGGGGGUCGAUCCGCCUGCGCAGCAGUGAGGUGUUUAAGUGGCUCAUCCCAGACAGCGCGGACACCACGGUGGGAAACUCGGACUGUGCCUACGACCGGAUUGUCGUGAGCGGGGCCCACCUGCGCAGGAGCCUGAAGCCCCAGUCAGCCUCUGUGCACAACUUUCAGGAGGAAUUUGGCCUGGAUCAGACCCAGGCUCUUGCCAUCAGCGACCAUUUUCCUGUGGAAGUGACCUUCAAGUCUCACUGACAGCUAAGGCCUCCAGGAUAUACCACCUGCAGACUCCGGCCACAAGGAAUGGCCCCAUAAUGGAUCGCUGGGUGGCAGGCCACCCACCCAUUGAGAACACAGGGCAGGGCCAGCUGGUGUGGACAAUGGCUAUGGCCACAUCACAGGAUUACUUCAAGCCCAUUUCCUCAUCUGUGCUGGUAUCACCUACCUCACAGGGCUGCUGUGGGGAGUACCCACGAAAGGUACCAGAGCAGCAUCAAGAACAUAGCUGCAUGCUUAAUAAACAAGCUGCUCUUGCCAGGACUACCCACAGAUUGGAUGAGGCCUCUGUGCUUUCUGAGACCUCUGUCCCUAGGCUGCAAAACUUGGUCUUAAUGCCCAGUAUCUGUGUUUCCAUUGCUCUCAGGGAACUGGAUGGCUUAGCUUGUCCAUUUCACAGCCUGGUAGGAAGUGGCCACCUCUAGACCAUGUCAGCUCCCUCUCCUUACUUCCUUUGUGCAAACUUCAGAUGCUUCCAUGAACCGUAACCCCAAGAGCAGUUUAGGUAGUAAUGGCUUUCUGGACCCUACUGGACUUCAGAGCAGGUGUGCUCAUUCUGCCUUCAGGAAUCCUAAAACACUCAUCUGAAGCAGAGGCUUCACUGUAAGAAGCAAGGGAGGCUGCACCCCCACCCUCCCUCAGUGAGCGAGCUCUUCUGGGACUUUCUGGGAAGGAACCCCAGCAAGACAAGAGCAAUUGCUUGGCACUAAAGUCCUUCCCAGAGCCUGUACCCUUCAAAGGUGUCUUCUGUAGCUUUUUCCCUAAAGUCCUGGGCUGGGCAAGGCCUUGGGAGGAUGGAGGUUUUAUGCUUGGGUGGGCCAUCACAUUAGGAGCAGGAAAUCGCUCUGUGGACACAAGGCUCUCAUGAGGUUUCCGGUUGUUAAACCUUCUCAUCUUUGUGUCCCAAGGUCCAUAACACAUCUUUAGUGGCAUUAGAGAAAUGGGUCUGAAUCACAUGGAAAAAAAUCCCUUGUGACAAAUUAGAAAAGUUUGGUUCUGUUUAUUUGGCAUUUCUGGGAAUUGAACCAAGGGCCUAGAGCAUACUAGGUAGGUGUUCAAUCAAGCUGCAUGCUCAACCUACAAGUCUGGUUCUUGCCAAAUCUAUGGUAACAUUCAGGAUCUUGCCACUGAAUCAGCAAUACUGGGCUAGGGAUGCAGCUCAGUUGGUAGAGUGCUAGUCUAGCGUGUCUGAAGCCGUGGGUUCGAUCCCCAGCACCACAGAAGCCAGUGGUGGUGGUGCACGUCAGUAAUCCAGCACUCAGAAGGUGAGGGCAGGAGAUUUGGGGACUUAAGACAAUCCUCAACUAAACAGGGUGAAAGUCACCUUGGGGACAUGAGACCCUGUCUGGGGCAGGAAUGGCGGUGUUCAGGGGAAGGAAGGAAGCAACCUUUAUCAUUAUUCUCCACAUCCUGUUCCUCAGGCUCCUCUGUCCACUCCUUCACAAUGAAAAUGUAUGUGGCCAGAAGCAUUUCCUCUGGAGGUCCUGGUGGGUAACUGAGGACAGAGACUGUCUGGCCUUAAAGGUUCCAAAAAGACAGUCAAUAAAGGCCAGGGUUAGGCUAACCUGCAGGCAUUGUUCACAAUUCUUUAAGAUGGGCAUGCAGCGUGACCUUAGAGCGUCCAGAGUGACUUUUGUGCUCACCAAGCAGAAAGGUGCUUGUGGUUGGGG